AUUGUAGUCACAUGACCAGACGCUGUAUAAGUUCACGCAGUUUUCGUUUCAGUGCAGCAGGUGCGCGCGGAAAGGCAAGAAGGUCACGCGACAGUUUUCUUGCGUUCGGUAACGAUCAAUAACCGCUGUGUGCCUGCUCUCGGGCAGUCAUGAUGCUCGGGCUCACUGUCAUUGUUUUGUUUGUCGGCGGAUGUGUGGCAGAUACUCCGGCUAACUGCAGCUAUGAAGAUCUGCUGGGCACCUGGAUCUUCAGUGUGUCUGAUGUGGGUCAAGAUCGAACCAUUAACUGCUCCAACACAGGUAAAGCAGUGACAACAGUGACAGUGGAUCUGCAGAAGUUGUAUGUAGCUGUGGAUGAUCUCGGUCACACCGGAUUCUUCACGCUCAUCUAUAACCAGGGCUUCGAGGUGGUGAUCAACGACUACAAAUGGUUUGGGUUUUUCAAGUAUUCUCAGCAGGGUUCAGAGGUGACCAGUUACUGUGAUCAAACGCUGCCUGGUUGGGUUCAUGAUGUGUUGGGGAACAACUGGGCCUGUUUUACUGGAAAGAAAGUGCAACCCAUCCCGCCGCAAACUGACUACAACCCCCUGCUUGGAUACAAACACCAGCUGCUCAUGAAGCUGCCAUACACUCAGAACAUGGAGUUUGUAGAUCAAAUAAACUCCGUUCAGAAGUCCUGGAGAGCCACAGCAUACAGUCACCAUGAGACCUACACCAUACAGGAGCUGCUGAAGAGAUCAGGAGGACGUGCCUCCAGUAUACCACGACGUGUCAGACCCGUGACUGUGGCUGCAGGUAUCGGUAAGGUGGCAGCUGGACUUCCGGAGCACUGGGAUUGGAGAAAUAUAAAUGGAGUCAGUUAUGUCAGCCCUGUCCGCAACCAAGCAUCAUGUGGCAGCUGCUAUUCUUUCGCCACCAUGGGAAUGCUUGAGGCACGAGUCCGAAUCCAGACAAACAACACACAGCAACCCGUUUUCAGUCCACAGCAAGUAGUGUCCUGCUCCCAGUACUCGCAAGGUUGUGAUGGAGGUUUUCCAUACCUGAUUGGUAAAUUCAUCCAGGACUUUGGCAUUGUAGAGGAGGACUGUUUCCCUUACACCGGGGUCGAUUCACCCUGCAAUGUCCCUGACAAGUGCGCAAGGUACUACGCCUCCGAUUAUCACUACGUGGGUGGAUUUUACGGCGGAUGCAGCGAGGCGGCCAUGAUGCUGGAACUGGUCAGGAAUGGCCCCAUGGGCGUGGCCCUGGAGGUGUACCCAGAUUUCAUGAACUACAAAGAGGGCAUCUACCAUCACACCGGCCUCCGUGACACCAACAACCCGUUCGAGCUGACCAAUCAUGCAGUGUUGUUGGUGGGAUAUGGGAAAUGCCAUAAGACCGGGGAGAAGUACUGGAUCGUGAAGAACAGUUGGGGAAGUGGAUGGGGUGAGAACGGCUACUUCAGAAUCUGUCGUGGAACGGAUGAGUGUGCCAUUGAGAGCAUUGCGGUAGCAGCAACGCCAAUCGCCAAACUUUAAGAGCAUAUAAACAUAUUGGUCAGUUGUAAUGAAAAUGGCAUCAUAUCAAGAUUUCAAAAGUAUUGACAUAAUUUUCUGCCUGAAAUUGUGAAUCUUACUGUCCUUUUAAUUUGUGGCCAAGUUGUAAAUCGUUUGUUUUGUUUUUUUGUUUUUCUGCCUGUUUCCAUUUCCUCAAGUUCAGUCUGAUCACCUAACCUGUCUGCUUAAGUUGUGUAGUAUGGUAUCUUUGUCUGUUUCAGUUGGACUUGUACUAAAGAUGAUGCAGUCUCAUAAAGGUUGUGAGGCGAGUAAAAGGUUGUGCUUCUCACAACAUGCUGCACCUGUUGGACUAAAACCAUGAGCUUUGCCGAGCGCAACAUUAGAUUGCCGAAGGAAAAUUUGCUAGUCUCCAGUUUGUUCCAUAGCCAAGCGGCGGUCACUGUUGGGUGUGAAAUAGAGUCAAAUAAUUCUGCCCUCAAAGCUCUGUUUAGCAGCUAAACACUCAAGAGCUACGUACAAGCUCGCCUGGCACUGCUGAAUGACUGUGAAAGAGGACAAAAACCUGGAAGAAAGAGUAGGAGUUACUGGGAAGAAAACCCUGAGGUACUUGUAGAUUGAGUUUGUUGAGUUACCUGUUAGCGAUGUGCGACUUGUUCAUGUCCAAGCUGGCGUCCUGCCUUGUCUCUGGGACUCCCCUCCCUAAUGUGUCAUCUUUCUCUACUCUUGCAGUUAUCUGUCAACAAAGUCUACCUGAAACUAAGCAGAAGACUCUAGACUGUAGACUCUCACAUGCUUACAGGCAAUUCAACCAAGACUACAUACAGUUUUGUGACUUGUUCCUGUCAAACUCCAAGCUGUUGGUGCUAAUGUCCUGACUCUGAUAUUCAGACUUUCAAGGGAUUCUGCCCCACAAGCACGACAUUAAGCACCCAAAUGCUCUGAGCUAGAGUGCUGAACCCACCCGGCACUGCUGAAUGACUGCCAUUGUCCCCUUUUCCACAUUGAUAUUUAGUAAAAAUGCAAUAUGAGUUGGGUCUUUUGAGUUGCCUGUUAGCAUUGUGUGAAUCGUUCAGGUCACGCUCAAGAAAUUGGUGCUGGUGUCUCUGGGACUCUUGACAAUGCCACUGCUCUUGUGAAGUCCACCUGAAACAAAGUAAAACUAGGCAGAAGACAAGUAGACCGUAGACUCAACUUGAUUUAGUCCUUUAGUUUAGGUAGUUGAGGUAGAUUGAGUCUCCAAACUCUUCACUUUGGUUGUAAGGUUCUUCUAAUUGGCCUGGUCCAUUCCAUGCAAGCCAAUGUCUGCUCCAUCUCCAGAGAUUGACCUCUCUCUUGCUGACCUCCCAGGGAGUGCUCGAGACUCUCAUCUCCUGUACGUCCACUAACUUCUGCUUUCAAACGUUGGCGUAAUUUUUAUGACACUAUCUUGGGCUGUUCACAGGGUUUCCUUAUUCUGCUGCUCACAUUUUUGAGAGCUCAGUUUUAGUCCUCUGGAAUUAAUCACUCUGUAGAGCCUCACCUUAUCUCCUGCUCCGCCAACAGUUGUCGCUUGACAUUUUAUUGGUGAUUCUUGGCCAUCCUACAAGGAAAUCAUCUUUUGUUCUAGUUUUGAUUUGAAAAUUGACAGCACAUUAACUUUGUAGAUCUUGUCUCUAGAUUUUGCAAUGUCAUGGUUCAUUUCAACUGAUCAGCUGCCUUUGUUACCAGGAUAAACCUUUGACCCAUUCACGCAUCUUGCACUGCACAUUUGCACUGUGACUCUCCCAGCAUUUGAAGUGGUCUUGUCCUAGCCUUUGUUCCAUUUUAGUGUGGAUUUCCAAAGGGUUGAAAACACUUUCCUUUUGUAUCUGCAAUGCCAAAAGUCAAUUCCGGUGCCCAAGUGCUGUAACUCCAACAUCUCAUUUCUCAGCUGCUUGGUGUCAUUUGGGUGUUUUCAAAAGGGAGUAUUUUUAGAUUUGUAUUGAUUCAUGCAAGCUCAAUGACACACUGCAGUCUGCAACGACAAUUUUUAUACCAUAAUUUUAAUUGCUUUGUAUUCAGAGAUCAUCUGUAUUUUUUCAGGAAAACCUGUUCUUGUGGUUUGAACAAUAAAUUUAUCAGUAGAAUUCAUAAAGGGAUGACAGUUUAUAGUCUUGUAAGGCUAUUUGCAGAGGGUAUUUGAAUGUGUUUUACCACUGAUUUUGCCUUCUAUUUUCUGUGUCAUUUAUCUUUUAAUAAAGUUGCUUUUUAAUGUACUUUGUCUUAAUUUUAAUUAAAGGUUUAAAUUCU